CUCCAAAACCGCACCCUCUGAAAACCCUAGUUUUCCUCACUUAACCUGCUCGAAUCAAAAUCAGUUCGUGCGCGGUUUCGUUAUCGAAGAUCAAUUAACAUUCUCCAGCUUCGAAUCCGUGGAAGUUCUGAUUGCUUAAACGAGUUCUUGAGAAAAAAGGCUCCAGGUUUCUGUUUUUAGGAGAUUCCGGUUGGGUUUUUUGGGUUUUUGUUGUUGUUGAGAUUGAUUGAUUGGCUACAAUGGUUGAUAACAAUUCUCCACCUGGGUCUCCCAAGGAAAACCCAGGUCAGAGUUCUGAGUCAAACUUACUGCCAAAGGAUGAUAGUGCACUUGAGUCCAUAGUUCGGAGGUUUCAGGACUCGAUUUCAGUAGGCAAGAAGCACAAGUUCUGGGAAACACAGCCUGUUGGUCAAUUCAAGGAUGUUGGGGAUACUAGCUUACCUGAGGGUCCAAUUGAGGCACCGACCCCAUUGUCUGAAGUCAAACAAGAACCUUACAAUCUUCCUAGUGCAUAUGAAUGGACCACUUGUGAUAUGGAUUUGGAAGAGACAUGCAAUGAGGUUUACAAUCUUUUGAAGAACAAUUACGUUGAGGAUGAGGAGAACAUGUUUAGGUUCAACUAUUCAAAGGAGUUUCUGGGAUGGGCUUUGCGCCCUCCAGGUUACUACAGAAGCUGGCACAUUGGUGUACGUGCUAAAACUUCGAAGAAGCUUGUUGCUUUCAUCACUGGUGUCCCAGCAAGAAUUAGGGUGCGUGAUGAGAUUGUGAAAAUGGCAGAGAUCAAUUUCUUGUGUGUUCAUAAGAAGCUUAGAUCUAAGAGACUAGCACCUGUGAUGAUUAAGGAGGUUACUAGGAGAGUUCACCUGGAAAAUAUUUGGCAGGCAGCUUACACAGCCGGAGUUGUUCUUCCAACACCAAUUACCACUUGCCAGUAUUGGCAUAGGUCUUUGAACCCAAAGAAACUUAUUGAUGUUGGGUUUUCAAGACUUGGUCCAAGGAUGACAAUGAGCCGCACCAUAAAACUUUACAAGUUACCUGACUCACCAGGUACACCUGGAUUCAGAAAGAUGGAGCUUCGUGAUAUCCCUGCCGUUACUCGGUUGCUUAGAAACUACUUGAGCCAGUUUGCUGUUGCCCCUGAUUUUGAUGACAAUGAUGUGGAACACUGGCUUCUUCCUACUGAGAAUGUGGUGGAUAGUUACUUGGUUGAGAGCCCAGAGACUCAUGAGAUAACUGAUUUCUGCAGCUUUUACACUCUUCCUUCCACUAUACUUGGCAACCCAAACUACUCAGUUUUGAAAGCUGCCUACUCUUACUAUAAUGUAUCCACUAAAACACCAUUGCUUCAGUUGAUGAAUGAUGCACUCAUUGUUGCUAAGCGGAAGGAUUUUGAUGUUUUCAAUGCACUUGAUGUCAUGCAUAAUGACACUUUCCUGAAAGAGUUGAAAUUUGGACCAGGAGAUGGGCAACUUCACUACUAUCUCUAUAACUAUCGGCUGCGACAUGCCUUGAGAGCUUCAGAACUUGGUCUUGUACUGUUAUAGUUUGAUACUGGUUCAGCAACAGUUCCAUGUUUGUUUUUGUUUCUGAUUAGGUAUGAACUGGUUCAUACUUAUUUCUUCUUUGGAUUGGCAGCCAAGGAUCAGAUUUUGCAUUGCAUUUGAGGACAACCUUUGUGUGUUUUUCUGAGCUUUAGCAGCCUAGGCAAACUGUUGCCAACACAGACUGUUCCCUGGACCCAAAUAAUUUUGAGAUUUCAUAUGUGGUUUCUUUUGCAGUUUUCAAUAAUGUCAUUCUCUCCAUUGUUUUUCCUUUUUGGCAUGGCUGUGCUGCUUAUUUACAAGUUCUUGGUGGGUGCUAAGUGCUUGUGUUCCCAUUUGACUCCUUUUAGGAUAAACAAAGCUAUGCAACUCCCAAACAAAUGGGAGAUGAGUUAAGCAUGUUUUAAUGUCAGAUAGCUGAGGUUGUUGGUAGUGAGUCGUAUUUAUAACAUGCCACUUGAUUGAUGAUCUGGUGUGAUAAGAAUGGUUGCUUCUUUCAUGCUACCUGAGAACAGAGCAAAUAUUCUCCCCUUUUUUAUGCAAUGAUUGUGUUUUCCGUCCUUUUUUGAGCUUGAA